CAAGCGUGCGCACCGUGGGACGGACCGCUUCAUCGUAGCAGUAUCGCGUAGACUCUACUACGAAUGCUACGUGUCGUAUAGAGCCUUUCGUUCUACAUAAACAGUGUCGAAUUAUUACGUCGUGUAUUUAUUCUGAUUACGUAUUUACGCCGCGGAUUUUUCGUUUUACGUAUUUACGUCCGGGACUUUUUCGUGAAGUGUUGAAGUGUUUUCUUAAGAUCGGGGACUUCGAUAAAGGUCUAACCAAAAAACUCGUGGUGAAAACAAAACUUAGUGUGAACCAAACAAUACUAUGACUUGACAAUCACGCACACAAAGUUGUACCGAACAUGUCGUGCCCAUUCCGCCGUGCCUCCUCGCAGCACCAAUUUGCAAAUGGCGGCGGUUCCGGUAAAAAGCCGGAAUUCCGGUCUCGGCAGUCGUCAGUCCACCUUCCGGGUCCGGAAGAGGAAGAUGGGGAGAAUAGCACCCUUACGCUCAAACACCUGAGCGAGGCGUUAAAACUCCUCACGGCACCAUCGAACGAGUGCCUCCACGCCGCAGUGACGUCAUUAACGAAGAACCAGGCCGAGCAUUACGACAAAUACAAUUGCCUACGGAGAUUACCAGAUGACGUCAGAACAUGUAGAAAUUAUGCAUAUUUACAAGAAAUAUAUGACGCAGUUCGAGCAACUGAUAGUGUAUCAACUAAGGACUUUAUGGCUAAAUUAGGCGAAUAUUUAAUAUUAACUGCUUUCUCCCACAACUGCCGUUUAGAGAGAGCGUACAAGUGUUUAGGAACUAAUUUAAUAGAAUUUUUAACUACAUUGGAUAGCGUUCAUGAUGUUUUGCAUGAUCAGGACAACGGCCUUAACAAAGACGAGUCAACAGAGAACGAAGCAGCAUUUGUAUGCACAACGUCUCACGCAGGAAGGAUACAGUUACACCUCACCACUGAGAGCGAGCCUGUUGCCUAUUUACUAGUCGGAAGUCUCAAGGCGAUAGCUAUGAGGUUGUACGACACACAGACGGAUAUAAGACUGAUCAGCUAUUCCAACGAUCCUAGGAAAUUUAGAUACGACAUAAGCGUAAUACCAUUGCACCAGAGAUUGAAAGAGGAUAAUUGCGAGGCAGCCAGCGCCGCAGUGAGCCUGGCCUCGUCGAACAAAGUGAAUGAUUUAAGGAUCGGCGUCGCGAGCUUUUGCAAAGCGUUCCCUUGGCACUUUAUCACGGACAAACGUUUGGAACUUGUUCAGCUUGGUGGUGGUUUCAUGCGACUGUUUGGUACAUAUCUCUCAUCGCACGGGUCAUCUCUCGGUACAUACUUCAGGCUGCUCAGGCCUAGAGGGGUCUCGCUAGACUUUCGUGAGAUAUUGAAGAGAUUGAACACACCUUUCAUGUUCUGUCUCAAGAUACCUGGCUCCACUUCAUUGGCUGAGGGGCUCGAGAUAAAAGGGCAGAUGGUUUUCUGUUCGGAGUCCGAUUCCCUACUUUUUGUGGGGUCGCCUUUUCUCGACGGUCUCGAGGGUCUAACUGGCAGAGGGCUGUUUAUUUCCGACAUUCCAUUACAUGAUGCGACAAGAGAUGUCAUCUUAGUCAGCGAACAGACGAGAGCUCAGGAUGGUCUACGGAAACGCAUGGACAAGCUAAAGAACUCGAUUAUGGAGACCAGCAAAUCGGUGGAUAAGGAGAGAGAGAAGAACGUCAGUUUGCUGCACUUAAUAUUCCCGCCGCACAUCGCUAAACGACUCUGGCUAGGUGAAGAAAUCGAAGCCAAGAGCCAUGAUGACGUCACGAUGUUGUUCAGCGAUAUAGUUGGUUUUACGUCGAUCUGCGCGACCGCUACGCCUAUGAUGGUUAUAGCUAUGCUAGAGGACUUGUACAGCGUGUUUGAUAUAUUCUGUGAAGAACUUGAUGUUUAUAAGGUGGAAACAAUCGGCGAUGCGUACUGUGUAGCAAGUGGGCUACAUCGCAAAAUAGAUACUCACGCACCCCAAAUAGCUUGGAUGGCGUUACGUAUGGUUGAGACAUGCGCACAACAUUUAACGCACGAAGGAAAUCCUAUAAAGAUGCGAAUAGGCCUCCACACGGGCACGGUGCUAGCUGGAGUGGUGGGAAAGACGAUGCUGAAGUAUUGCCUCUUUGGACACAACGUCACACUGGCCAACAAGUUUGAAUCUGGCUCCGAGCCUCUUAUGAUCAACGUCAGCCCUACCACUUAUGAGUGGCUAAUAAAGUUCCCCGGAUUUGAAAUGGAGCCACGCGACCGUUCCUGCCUACCAAACUCGUUCCCUGAGGACAUUCCCGGGACCUGUCACUUUCUACACAGGUACAUGCAUCCUGGGACGGACCCUAACGAGACUCAGGUAAAACACAUAGAAGACGCACUAAAAGAAUUCGGCAUCGGACAAGGAAAGACGAGUGAAGUGGACAGUAAAGAACCUACAUAGUGUAAAAAUGAUUGAUUAUUUCGUAAACUCCAAGCUACUUCCUAAUUUACAUUCCCAUGUAAAAAACGAAUUGUGUAUUUUUUUUGUAAUGUAAUUGUAUCUGCUUAUUAUUGUGACAACUUUUAACUAGUCAUAUAAUUUUAUUUUGUAUUUUAUUUAUGAUAUUGUUAAUGACUAAUCUGACCUUCGCACGGGUGGGUUUAAAAUUUCAACAUAAGUGUAUACUUAUUACUUCCAAAGGGGAUCUCUGUUAUAUAAGUAAGUAGGUUUCACUGAAUCCGUUUAGCUCUUUUUGAGAUUUACGCUUCCAAACAAACUGACGCUGCACGCUGACUUUGCACUAUAUUUACAUAUUCAAAUGAUCAGUAAUUUUAAACAACCUUCAGUAGCCCAAGCGUAAUAAAAUAUGGGACAAUACUUUCUCGUGGUUUUUGCAUAGAUAAAGCAGAGUAAAAGACAAAUACAAAACGAAGCAGAGCAAACAUAGCUUGUAAAAGCUCAGUUAAUUUAAAAACUUUGUCCAUUCAAAUGAAGCUUUUCAAUUUGAAAGCUAUUAUAUUGUAUGCCUCGGAAACAUUAGGGUUCCGCACCGCCAAAAAAAAGAAACCCUUAGGGCCGGCGCACAUAUUGCGGAGCGCGGCGGAGCGCAACGCAGAGCAUGCCCGCGAAGUUUUCUAAUCGCGUGACACAUUACGCGAAUUUCUACCAGAGAAUGCGCGAGCACGCGCGGGACUGCGCGCGGAUACGCGAG